AAGAAAUGGUAGUGAGAAGUAUAAUAAAAUCUAUAAAAUGAUAAUCCAACCUAUUCUUGACUCUCAAUCAAUAGGUAGUGACAUGACUAAUGAGAUUGUUCAAAAGACAUUAAAUGAUAUUAGUCAUAAAGAUUUUGAUAAAAUGACCAUUCCUUACGGAAUUGAGCACGCAAUAAUCUCCUCCUCGUGUCACUUAUUCAGCCAAGACCUGAAAGUGGACGACUGUUUUCUAGAGGAAGAUGACGAGCCUCAAAGCUAUGCAAAUGACUGUUUUAUCCCUAAUAAGCUUAAAAUAGAAACCAAGCCAGGUAGUUUUAUUAAUGUCGAAAUUGAUAACUCUGAUGAAUUUGACGCUGAGUCACAAAGUAAUGCACAAUCAAGAAUAAGAUCAACCAGGUCAGGGAGAACUUUUAGGGAUAAACCAAAGAGACCUAAAGUUGCAAGUAAAAUUAAAUCUAAGGCUAAUGGUCAAGUUAAGCUGGACCCGAAGGACCUCCCAGAUUACUAUGACUACCAAGACAAUCUUGCUUAUAUUUUUAAGCCUUUAGUAAAUAAGUCAUCUUUGGACGCUUGGCUAGAUAGGAUUAAGGAUGGGUCCCAUAGCUACCGCGACCCACUCUACAAUAUCACCUCUAAAGACCUGGACAUUUUGAGAGACACAUUGGAACGAAUAAAGAAAAACAAAAUCGAAAUGGAAAAAGAACUUAAAUCCAAAAGAGAGAUUAAAGCUAAAGGUCAAAAAAUGUUUGAAAAUAAGAUUCAAAAAGGCCUUCUGACUUAUGACCAUAAAGGAAAGAUUAUCCCUAUCCGCCAAGUCAAGCCUGAAAAAUUACCUGCUGACUUCAAGCAACUCCUGGCUCAUUCAAUGCAGACGGCCAAAAAGCCUAAUAAGAGAAAUAAGAAGAGCCUGAAAAUCCAAAAGAAACAGACUUUUAGGAAUACCUCUGAAGGCAGUAAAGAUAAAUCCCUAAUCCAGACCUACAAGAAUACAAAAUUAGUGAAAUCUUAUCUAAAAUCUACGAUAAAUAGCGGAAUGAGUAAGGACGGCUUAACAAUAAGCCCUUCCGAUGGCGUCGCCUUUAUUCCUGACCCUACAACCAGGGAGAAAAUUCAAGGCAGGCCGUAUAAAUAUAAACUCAGACAAUUUCAAAAAGAAUUUAUGGAAAACAGAGGGAGAAGAAACCAAACUCUUCUCGAUACCAACACUUUUGAAGAGAUGGAGGAUAUAGAGGAAGAUGAAGAUACGAAACUGAGGAACAAAAAUCUAUCCCUAGACUUUGCAUCUGAGCAUUUAAUACAAAGUGAGGGCAUUAUUCAGGAAGAUAAGCAGUCAAAAUCUUCGCCAAGGUCGAAUAGUAUGAGAAACUCUAAGCAAGCAGUUUUUAAUUCCAGGAUGAACUCUAAUAGAUCUCAGAUUCCUAUUCUAAAUAAGGAAUAUAGCUUCAUAUCGACAAAUUUAAAUUCCAAAAGUAUCAAAAAGAAAUUGAUGAAUUAUGAACCGAAUAGUUCGAUCAAUGAUCCUUUUGAUGAGCUUAAUAUCCCUGUUAAGACAAGUCUUAUGCUGCCUCCUCUCACUAUUGGAAAUAUGCAGAAGACUGUGGAUAGUCGGAACCUCAAUAACCAAUCAUUGAUUGGCAGUAACAUGACUUUUCGGAAUAACUCAAAUGACUUUGGAACUAUAAUAAACAGAUCAAAGAUUUCUAUUAAAUCAAACAUGAAAAAUAGAAUGAGAAAUAUUUCUGCUCCAAAGGCUAAAAUAUUCACAAGAGAGAACUCUCCUAGUCAAUUUAGUGAGGCCCUCCCUGAUAUUUCAAUGGAGUCAUCAAAACCUCCUCUUCUAGCCAAAAUGCCUCAAAGACUUAAAAGAAGUAUCCAUUAUGAACAAAUGACUACUAAAGAUGCUCCUUUAACUAAGAAAACAAGGAAGCAGAUUGAUCUACUCAAGGCCUUUGAAAGAUCUAAAAUGGGAAUCAGACCUAAGCUGAUCAAUAGAACGCAUAAAAACUUAUAA